GGGGACAGCCAGGGCUAGGGGCUGACUCUGUGGGUGGAGCCGAGCUUUGCUGACGUUGCUGGCUUAUCCCAUACCGCUAUAGUGGCGGUGCUGCCAGCUAGGCUGGAGAUGUGUAGGUACCGUAGCUUGCUGCUCUUGGGGCUUGUCUUGUUCUUAUUUUCCACAGCUCAUGGCUACAGGAAGAGGGGACCUGUCGUGACUGCCAAGGUGUUCUUCAAUGUAGAGAUUGGAGGCACUGAUGCCGGCAGAAUUGUUAUUGGCUUGUUUGGAAAAGUUGUACCGAAGACUGUGAAGAACUUUGUUGCGCUAGCAACUGGGGAAAAAGGAUAUGGUUACAAAGGCAGCAGAUUCCACAGAGUAAUCAAAGAUUUCAUGAUCCAGGGUGGAGACGUCACUAAUGGUGAUGGGACAGGAGGAAAAAGUAUAUAUGGAGAGACUUUCCCCGAUGAAAACUUCAAGCUAAAACACUAUGGCAUUGGAUGGGUCAGCAUGGCAAACGCUGGACCUGAUACUAAUGGAUCCCAGUUCUUUAUCUCUACUACCAGACCUUUAUGGCUAAAUGGCAAGCAUGUUGUGUUUGGAAAAGUACUGGAAGGCAUGGCGGUGGUGCACUUAAUAGAGCUUCAGCAGACAAAUGAAAGAGAUCAACCUCUGAAAGACUGCGUUAUUGUUAACAGCGGCGUGGUAACUGUAAAAGAGCCAUUUGUGGUUGAAGUUGAUGACUGGCAAGAUUAAAAUACGUUCACUUUAUUUUAUACAAGGCAUUUCUCAAUAAAUGUAUAUAUGUUUAUCAUUUUU